GUAAAACUAAAGUAAACCUUAUAGUAUAGUUUGAAUCUAAUAGCUUUGGUAUGCUUCAUGGUCAUGGUAAUAAAACAUUAUUGAAUUGAACUGCACAGAAAGAGGGAGUGUGAGAGAGCAUAGAAUAGAGGGAGAGAGAGCGAGAGUAGUUUCAUCGUGACACUCAGGGAGAAAGGCAGGUGACAGGGACAACCUGUUGAGAAAGAGUGGGAGAAGGUAGACACGAGGCGGAGAAGGAGGGGGUUAGGAGACACAGGCAGACAGCUGUCCCUCAUGUGAGACGAUGGAGACUGCAGAUUCAGGGUCGAGGACCAUGGAGGACUGUGGGAACCUGCCUCCCUUACUGCCUGCCAAGCUGCGGAGGCAGCGCUACUCUGCUGGCACCAUGAGCAGCUCCAGCACCGGCUCCAGCUUUGGACCGGACCCAGAGCCUGGCAGUCCUGGCCCAGCUUCCCCCCAGACUGGACCGACCAGCACCACCAGCAUCCCAGCCUCCCUGCCGGAGGAAACAGACCUCCUGGCCUCUGCAAGCAGAACAUACGCCAACAUUGGUCAGUCCCGCUCCAGUAUGGUUCCACCUAAGCCUCGGAUGAAGGAACGUGCUCUGUCGACAGAGAGAGUCCCAGAGCGGUCAAACCGGCCACCCCCCCUGCCGAAAAAACUCAUCCGAACCCAUUCCCUCCCGGUGGGGUCCCUGAUCCCCUCUCACUGCACCAAACCCCCACCCUACCCUGCCCCCCUCACCCCCUCCUCCCCCGGGCUCUCCCUCAACAACCCCCUGUACCACCUGGUGGGGCACCAGCAGAGGAGAGGGGGGUUCUUCACACGCGGCUGUUUCAGCUCCCCCUGCAGCCCCCUGCACUCCAGCUCUUUCCCGGACCCCCCUCAGGUCCUCGACGGCUCCCCCGCAGCCCCCCUGGCUGGGCUGAGUUUCCACACCCCGGAUGGGGAGCUCAGGAGCUUCUUCAGAGAUCUGCACAACCUGGAGCAGGUGACCAGGGGGCUGCAGGAGCGCCUUCUGCUGUGCCUGCGCGGGAUAGCGGAGCGGCUGGGGGAGGCGGGGCUGCAGGGGGCCGCACGGGAUUACCAGCUCUGUGGAGGCGGGCCUUGUUGCCAGGCCGGGGACGCUCUGUACUACACUGUCCGCUCCUCAGCGCACCCCGGCAGGCUGUUUGCAGCCAAGGUGUAUAAAGCAGGCGGAGAGAGUGGAUUGGCUAUACAGAGGGACUUGCCCCCCCACUCCAACAUCCAGCGUGUCUGUGCGCACUUCCCCCGAGGCCUUGCUGUAGUGGAAGCAGAGGAAAUGGCCAUGUUAUCCCUGGAGCCAAAGACAGGGGGCAGCGACGCACCAGGAGCGAGGGCGCAGUGCCUCCAACCAACACCAGGGGACAGCAGCAAUGAAAAUCCACUCCCCAUGGCUGCGUUGACACUGAAUUCACUAGCAGAGGGCUCCGUUGAGAUGCCAGCGAUGGACACUGCCAACGGACACUCCCCGGGCUGUGAGGUCACAAUAGUAGAGGAGGUUCCUGAUGAGACGCUGGCUGAUUACGUGCAAUCCUGUGCCGAGUUGCACGCCUCCCAGCCCCAUCAUUACGAGCGUUCAGUCUGUCUGCUGCUCCUGCAGCUGUGCGAGGGCCUGCAGCACCUCAAGAGCAACAAAACCACCCACUGCGCCCUCCGCAUGGAGAACCUGCUGCUGGUCUGGGAGGAAAGGGGGGACCCCGGCACGGAGCUCCCCAAGAGAGGCCGCCCGGGGACCCCCAGACUGCUGAUCAGCAACUUCAGCCAUGCCAAGCAGAGAACCCCCAGCCCGGCCCAGGACUCAGACCAGGACAGGCUGGCUCCAGAGAUGAGCAGCGGCUCCCAGUUCAAGAAGGCAGACGAAUUCCAGCUGGGGAUUUUGAUCUACGAGUGCCUGCAUCUCCCCAACCCGCUCCUGAGCGCCCCAGAGCUGAGAGAGGGGGAAUACAGACCCGAACGCGACCUGCCCGCCGUCCCCCACCUCUCCCCUUACUCCCCGGGCCUCUCCAAGCUCGCCCAGCUCCUGCUGGAGCCCCAGCCCAGAGACAGAGUCGCUGUCGGGGAGGCCCGGCACGUCCUGCAGGCCCUGCUCUGGGGCCCCCGUGCGGAGCUCUUCCAGGACAACCAGCUCACCCCCUUCCUGACCCUCAACUGGCUGGAGGUGAAGCGCUGCCUGCUGCUGCUCAAGCUGGCGGAGGCAGCGGUCGAGCACGAACCCGGAGCCAGAGCGGCCCCGGGGCUGGAGGAGAGGCUGUGCCUGCAAUACUUCUCCUUCGCCACGCCCCAGAGCGUCUUCCAGGCAGCCAGGCUGCUGCAGCUCUUCCAUCCGCCCCUCUAGCGGGGGUUGAGUUCCUGUUUAACCCUUUCAUGCAUGCAAUAAACUAUAGGAAUGAAAAAAAAAACACAUCAUAAAUAUAUCAAUUUAAAUUUUGUUCAGUGCUGUAUAUGAGGGUGAAAAUGGCAUCCAUGCAUUUGCGUCUUCCAUGUGUCCCCUUAUAAAGGCUAUCCCCAUAUGAGGUCCCCAUGCAUGAAAGGGUUAAUCUCCCAAGUUUACAUGUUUAAGCUUCAAGAUAUUGGCUAUGUUUGCAACCAAGCAGCUAAGGGAAAACUAAGGAGAAAUUCAAAGUUUUCUGCUACCUGACUCGCAUUCUGAUUGAGAGUUUAGACGCUAUGGACAAUCAGAAGAGCCACCCUAACAAGCUUUCCAUCAAUAUUUUAUAUAUUAUUGCAAAACGCAUAUAAGAACACUUGUGUACAUUUAAUAUGGAAAUGACCAGGAAGAAAUAUUGAAUAUGAAAUCAAACAGAUUGCAUUUUGCAGUUUUUCCAGAAGCUCAGACGGACUCUGUGCAGACAGCAGUACCGACCCGUGAGGCAGUAUUCCUCUCUGUUUUUACUAUCUGCCAAUUAAAAUCUGUCAUUUAUUCUAAUCUUAUGUCUUUGAUGCUUCCUGGCAAGAGCCACAAUGGUAAUCCACAAGGCAGAGGUGUGGUGAACUGCAAAACGUAUGGCUGAUAGUAAACCUCUUUAAUGGAUGCUGGGUUGGUGUAAAGAUUACAUUGUUUUCAUGUUUGAAAUCAUAUGGCUUUGGUAUGUAUUGUUAUGUUAAAUAAAUGUGUAUAAAAGCCACUGUUCCUGCCA